GUUGUGUUUCAGAGAGCAGUCGGCUGCUACUGAGACAGAGUUCAUAGUCUUUUAUUGUCGUCAACAUACGGUCAUUGACAGCAGGUACGUGGUCCAGCCUAGCUAGUGUUGACUAGAGUACAGAUGAUGCAAUAUUUAUAUAUUUCACAGAAAACCUCACAAAUAUCCUGUUUCUAACGGAUAUUUGACGAAGAAAGAUUGAGAGGGGUUAGGCCAACGAAGAUUGUUUACGUUGACAUAUGUACAAAAUAUUGUGAUUUGAGGUAUAUAAAGGAUGUUAGCAAACACUAUCAGCUGACGGCAGUUAUUGAGUAGAUUUUACUGUUAACAAAAUCCUGUUGUUGUCCUUAAAGGUGAAUAAAGAGAUUAAAUAAAAAAAAACAGCAAAAAUGUUUCAUGCAGUCAAAACUUCACAAAAAUUAACUGCCUAUAGAAAUAGUAGUGUUUUGUGUUAUAAUAUUCCAUCCUUAAAUCAGACUAAAUCAAAUUUACAAACAAAUAAAAACAGUUUAUAUACAUCAUCAGUAUUAAAUCAAAAUGCCUUACAUAGAAAUGAUUUAUUAACUGCUAACCGUGUUGUGGUUAAACUAGGCAGUGCUGUGAUUACAAGAGAAGAUGAAUGUGGAAUUGCUCUUGGACGUUUGGCAUCCAUUGUAGAACAGGUGUCUCAGCUUCAAAAUCAGGGUAAAGAUAUGUUGAUGGUUACUAGCGGCGCCGUUGCUUUUGGUAAACAAAAAUUACGUCAAGAAAUUAUUAUGUCUAUGAGUAUGAGACAAACUAUCAGCCAACGAGAAUCAAAGGGCCAUCCAUUAUUAGAACCUAGAGCAUGUGCAGCUGUUGGACAGAGUGGUCUAAUGUCUCUAUAUGAAGCUAUGUUUUUACAGUAUGGUAUACGAACAGCUCAGGUUCUUUUGACAAAACCAGAUUUUUACAAUGAAUUCACAAGAAAGAACUUACACAGUACAUUAAAUGAAUUGCUCAAGUUAAAUAUUAUUCCAAUAUUAAAUGCUAAUGAUGCAGUAGCUCCUCCACCAGAAUCUGAUAAAGAUUUAGCAGGGUUGGAAUCUUAUAAAAUUCAUGCUGAUGAAAAAUACAAAAAGGGUGUUAUAAGUGUAAAAGAUAAUGAUAGUUUAGCAGCUCGAUUAGCUGUGGAGGUCGAUGCUGAUUUACUGGUUAUCAUGUCUGAUGUUAAUGGAUUAUAUAAUGUCCCACCAGGACAACCCGGAUCAAGAUUACUCCACACAUAUUGUCCAGAUAGUGAUGUGGAUCAAAUCGUAUUUGGAGAGAAAUCUAGAGUUGGUUUGGGUGGAAUGGAAUCAAAGGUUGUAGCUGCUACAUGGGCGUUAAAACAUGGUGUAUCAUGUGUUAUAUGUAAUGGAUGUGAAGAUAAUGCUAUAGUUAAUAUCAGUCAAGGGAAGAAAGUUGGAACAUUUUUUACAUCUCAACCAUCAACUGGUACACCAGUAGAAGUACAGGCAUUACAAGCUCGAGAAGGAGGAAGAUUACUUCAGGCAUUAAGUGGUAAAGAAAGAGCAGCAAUUGUCCAUCGAUUGGCUGAUUUAUUGAUAGAGAGAAAGAUUGACAUAUUGACAGCCAAUCAGCAGGAUGUUAGCUCCGCCUAUGCAGCAGGAUUAACUGGUCCAAUGGUGGCUCGUCUUUUUCUGAAUGAGAAGAAACUUCAAACUCUAGCAGACGGUUUAAGACAGAUAGCAGAUGAUGCUCUAAGCGCUGUUGGUCGGGUUAUAAAGAGAACACAGAUAUCAAAAGGGAUGGAACUACGACAGAUAACUGUACCUAUCGGUGUAUUAAUGGUCAUUUUUGAAUCCAGACCAGAUGCGCUUCCUCAGGUGGCAGCUCUAGCUAUAUGUAGUGGUAAUGGUCUGUUAUUAAAGGGUGGUAAGGAAGCUUCCAUUACUAAUAAAAUAUUACACGGACUGGUGGAAGAGGCUUUAGGAAUGUUUGUUCCAAAGGAAACCAUCUCGUUGGUGAGUCGCCGUGAAGAUAUACAAGAUUUAUUACAUAUGUCAGAUGAUAUAGAUUUAGUUAUACCUCGAGGUUCUAGUGAACUUGUUAAAACUAUACAAGAAGCUAGUAAAGGUAUUCCAGUAUUGGGGCAUAGUGAAGGUGUUUGUCAUGUGUAUGUUGAUGAACGUGUCAAUCCAGAGAUGGCCUUGAGGAUCGUAAAAGAUUCUAAAUGUGAUUACCCUGCAGCAUGUAAUGCCAUGGAAACAUUAUUAUUACAUAAAUCUCAUAUAUAUACUCCAUUGUUUGACAGUAUCUGUGAUACACUCAAAGAAGCAAAUGUCACGAUACACUUGGGUCCAAGAAUAGCUGAGGCCAUUAAGUUUGGUCCACCAGAAGAGACAAAUAUGAAGAAAGAAUAUGGUGCCCUUGAAUGUGCCGUAGAAAUUGUUGAUGGUGUUGAUGAUGCUAUAAAUCAUAUAAACCAAUAUGGCAGCUCUCAUACUGAUACCAUAGUUACUGAAAAUGAUGACCAUGCUGAGAGAUUUCUACAAAUGGUUGAUAGUGCCUGUGUGUUCCAUAAUUCUAGUACCAGAUUUGCUGAUGGUUAUAGAUUUGGAUUAGGAGCGGAGGUUGGAAUCAGUACAUCUCGUAUACAUGCUAGAGGUCCUGUAGGUAUGGAAGGUUUACUUACAACAAAAUGGAUUCUACACGGAUCAGGUGAAACAGUUGCAGACUUCGCUGAAGGAAAACAGAAAUACAUACACGAAAAACUUUCAAUUGCCACAGUGACACAUAAUGGAAACUCUGCAGUUUCUUCUAAUUAAUUUAGUGACAAAACAAAUAUUGACUGUUUAUAUACAAAUAUUAUUGUAUCGAACUUUGACAGAACAUGAUUCUGUAUCAUAUAUUGCAAUUCAUUCAUUUCUGAAUAUAUACAGGAAACACAAUUAAGCAUCGCUAUGGUGAUAUAUUAAAUUGAAAACCCUACUUUCAUUUCCCUCAUAAUGAUGUAUUAAUCAAUAUAGUAUAAAUGGUGUUGGAAUGUGUUCUGAGUUUAAUCCAAAGUCACAAAAUUCCAUGUUUUAAGAAGAUGCUUUUUGGAAUAUUCCUAAUCAGUGUAUAAUGGUAUGAAUGGAAGAAGCAUUUAUUCAAAAUAUAUUGUCGAAAACAUUUAGAAUACUGAUGAGUAAUUGAGAAAUCCAAAUAAAGUCGAUACUGAUAUUUUCUCAAGAAUAAUAAAUCCAAUUUCCACUUUAAAUCACAUUGGAUCAUAAACUAUAGAGAAUAAUAUUUGUAUGUGUUUAAAUAUAUAAGCAUAUUUAUAUCAUAAUGCACAUUAUUUCACAUUUGGUACUUACUUUCAUUUUGUCUUGAUCAUAUUGAUAUUUGAUAUUUCAUUACUGUCAGAAAGCGCUUUAACGUCUGUCUUUCAAAUGGUCUCAUUAAACCUUAUUAUAUUUAUAAUCUUGUAUAUUUUCCUUCCUUUGUUUAUUAUUUUUCUUAAACAUAAACAAAAGAUAUACAAUAAAGGUGCUAUACUUAUUUUAUAAAGAACAUAAAAAUCUAAAACAGUCUAUCUGUUUGACUGAUGUAUAUCACAGAAUGUUAUUUCCUUUGUUGUUAUUAGUUACAUCUAAAAUUGGAAGCUAUGAAUGUCAAUGAUAAUGUUUUUGUGAGUGGAUUUAAAUUAUGAAUAACCCCCUAAAGCAAAUCUAUGUCUUUCCUUCUGUGGAUGUGCACAGCAUAUCUAUGCAUGGUCCGUCAUGAUAUUUAUGGUCCUCAACAAUUAUUAUGGUCCUGCAUGAAUAUAUUUAUGACCCUUUAUGAUAAUAUUUAUGACCCUUCAUGAUAAUAUUUAUGAUCAUGUAAAUAUUAGUAAUUAUGAUCCAAAAUGAAAACAUUUAUGGUCAUUAAAAAUAAGAAUAGUUUUGAUCCUAAAUGCAAAUAUUUAUGAUCCGAAAUAUAAAGAUUUGUGGUCUUAAUGGUCAUAUUUACCAUGCUACAUGAUCAUAUUUGUAGUUCUAAAAGAUAAUAUACUAUUCAAAAAAAGUAGGGGAUAUUUGAUUUUUAAGUGUUAUUAAAGUCACCUAAUGAAACUGACGAAGAAACAAAUGACAAAAUGAAAUGAAGUUCACAUUCAUCGAUUUAUUCCAAAUGAUCGUUAGACUAAGUAAGGCACAGACUGACCAUUAUAAGGGUAAAAUGAUACCCGGGGUCAAACAGCAAAGUUACCACAGCAUCACAACCAAGUCAGUAACGGGUAAAUCCUCCUCUGUUUGCCAAACA